UUGAGCUUCGGAGGAAGUGGUCGCAGAGUUUGCAAUCUCGUUUUUAUUUAAACAAUGUGUUCCUCGUUUAUGUUGGACUCAUAUUUUCCAAACAAAAUUGUUAUUUCGUGUGAGAGAGUCAUGUUUUGUGCGGAUUCCGGCUGCCGUCCUGCUGUAACUACAAACUACUACCCAAUAUCCAUUCACUGGGGAUUAGAGUUGCUUUGAUUAGCCCAAAAACAGGAAAUCAAUGUCGACUAUUUUAUUUUUCUUUACCAAAGAAUAUUGAGCUAAAGUCUGCACGUUUUGUUGUUAUUUAAUCAGCAGACCGAUCUGUUGCAAAUUUGAAUUCGGGAUGUUUACAUGGUUUAGCUGACCAACUUUUUUUAAAUUGUUCAAUACAUUGUCACUGUUAAAAAUUCAUACUAGCCCUUUAUCAGCUGUAUGAAAACAUAGCGCGGAGAUUUGUAUUGCUUUUAUAUACAUUUUAGAAUACGUGACGUUUGAGCGCCUUUCGGUUUGGCAAAAAGCUGUUUGAUGACGACGCUGGGUUUGCCCCCGAAAGCCUCUACUUGAUGCUGCUUGAAUUUUUUACUGUUAAACCCUCUUGGAAUAAUGGAAACUAUUCAGCAGAACUGAAUAUCUAUUUGUUGAUCGAAAUAGUUCUUCCUGGUUAACAUCCGGUUUGAAAGCGUGAACCUGUGAACAUUCAUGGACAGAUUACGUAAAAAAAAUUCCGCGAUACUACAAAGAUGAUCGAGAUUUAAUGUAUGGCACGCAAACAAUUGUUUAUCAUACAUUAGUGAUUGGUCAAAUAGUUGACGGUCGAUAAUCAGUUUCACAGCGGGCUAUACACGUUUUCUGACUUGCGACACCACAUGAUUACAAGGCGAGUGCGGCUCACUAAAACUUUGCACAGCUAUUUGGCACCUAAACGUUGCUGUGCGUUGGUUGACUAGACAAAUAACAGAAAACAUGGAAGAUGAGAUGUUUGAACGGCUCAUGUAUUUCCUGAACCAACUGGUGGCAUGGAUAGCUGCUGGUGCCAUGGUUUUUGGUGGAGUGGUACCUUACAUCCCCCAGUACAGAGACAUCCGACGGACACAGAACGCAGAGGGGUUCUCCACCUACGUUUGCCUGGUCUUAUUGGUAGCCAACAUUCUGCGCUUACUGUUCAGAUUUGGCCGCUACUUUGAGACACCCCUCCUGUGGCAGAGCAUCAUAAUGAUCGCCACUAUGUUGAUCAUGCUGAACCUGUGUACUGACGUCCGAGUGGCCGCUGAACUCCAACCCAAGAGACGUUCAUUCACAGCAACAGACAGUAAGGAGGAGGAGAUCCCUAAGAAGUUCUUUCUGGACUUUGAUUGGAGCCACUUCUGGUUGUGGAGUCGUUUCAUGGACUACGUACAGUGUGUGGUGGCGUUUACCCUGCUGGCAGCCUACGUCACCUACCUGCUGCUGGACUCCUAUGUGUUCGUGGAGACCCUGGGCUUCCUGGCCGUCUUCACUGAGGCCAUGCUGGGGACACCGCAACUCUACUGCAACUACCAGAACAAGUCUACUGAGGGAAUGAGUAUAAAGAUGGUGCUGAUGUGGACAAGCGGUGAUACCUUUAAGACUGGUUACUUCCUCCUGACCGAAGCGCCUGUCCAGUUCUGGACCUGUAGCCUGCUGCAGGUGGGGGUGGACUUUGCCAUUCUCUUCCAGGUCUACUACUACAGCCGCUACCCGCAGAAACCUCUCUCACACACCGUGUCACAUACCACCAGUGCCAAGGCACUGUAAGACCCCUCUCCACACACAGAGACCCACCAUCAUCAGUCAGCUGUCAGCACACAUUAUUACGUUUCAAAGCGUACCUCUGCCUGAAGAAUUCUACUGAAUGUCACAUUGAAGUUUUAAACGGACGGGACCUCGGUUAUUUAUUUUCUUAUGUGUAUUAAGUGCGGAUUGUUAUGCAAACGAAUACCUGUAUACGUAUUGACUUGAGCAUACCCAUGGAUACAGUGCAUCAGUCUACACUGCAGCUGUGUACUGACUGUUACGGCUGGAUAAGGACGCGUCCGACCGCUUCUUUUCUCCAUAGACAGUGAUGGACUUUCAGUCAUCAGAUUGUUGCAUGGGAACCAUUGCCUUAAAAUACUUCACACGCGGUUGGUUACUCAGCCAGUGGUUCAAAUAUCUAACUCAUUAUCAAACUCUCAAACAAAAACCUUUCAAUAGGUAACAUUGUAUUUUAUUUUUGUUGUAAUUUUUUUUUCAACCAAAAUGGGGAAUGUAUACAAUAUUAGUAGAUGGCUCUUUGUUUUGUCACGCUGGACUGAUGCUGGCGUGGUCAGACUGAUCACUCUGGCCUCUACUAGUCAGUUCUGGCUGGAUGUCAGACUGCUGCUGCUUUGUUUAUUCAGAAGGUUCAUUUACCUGGAAGGAACUGAAAGCAGCCGUGUUACCAAAAAGGAACAAAGACUUGGGUGGACGUCUCCUGUGCUGCCUACCAGAGAAUCUUCUUCAUGUUGUUCCGUGGCCUUUCAGCUUUUCUCAGCCAGGGUUCAUUUAGAUAACUCUUGAGUGAAGGUUAGGUCAUAGGCUUGGUUGUUCAGUGGACUGCUCUUGCUGGUAUUAACAUACUGCAAACUGUAUAUGAUUUAAUGUUACCGUAAAUGCUAAAUGAAGCCAACAACACGCCAAGGCUAUUAGAGUACAAAGCUUAUGUCUCAAAGGACCUAGUUACAAUCUGUUUGUUGGUCAACAGACAUCUCUUCCUAAGGCUCCCCUCAGCUUCAUGCACACCAAGAAACCUUUCCUUUGUUUAAGUGGGACCUUCUGAAUAUUAUAUGAAUCUUUCUUCAGCUGUUAAAUGUUUUAGAUGUCUACUUUUGGUGGCAACAUGGGAAUAGUGGCCGACAGAAAUCUAGUUCCUUCAUUUCAGUGUAAGCCAAAUCAUGCCCUGUAGAGGCCUGAUGUGAGUGCUGGGUUUUGUUCUGGCUAAGCAUGUCCAGACACUACCUCCUCUUUGACCGUGGGGUGAUACAGAUUUCUCCCUGGACACUGCCAAAACAAUAGUAGUAGCUGUUCUACAGUGCUGUUCCAUUCACUUCUGGAUAUCUACUGUUGACCGAAUCCCUCCGAGUACUACAUAGGGAAUGUCAUUUCGUAUCUGAUGCAGGCAGUCCUUUGCUGGAUGGGACACUUAAGUCACUUAAUAUUUAUUUUGUCACGCUAUAUUUUUACAAUCCUCAAAUGCCGGUACAAUCACAAACCUUGUAAACGUGCCCUUUAUCAUGUUGUUCACGGGGAUUAAUACAGUGAGGAUGAAUACAGUGAGGAUGAACAUGAUGGCGACACGUUUCGUAUGUUGGCCGCUUGUGUGACGGAAGUGAAAUUGGUCAUCCAGUUCCUCCUGGUUAUGUCUUAUCGCCAACACUACGUCCACAAAACCUCACUGUUCUAUAUGUUUCUGAUGUUAAACGUUACUUUGGAGUUUAUUACCUUUUAGUCUCUCUUGGGUGACCUUGCCGAACUCUUCCGGUUUAUGUAGAUGCUGACCAAACAAUGCCAAUCCUUCUAUCCAGCUUACUGGUUUCUUUUCUUAAAAAAAAAAAAGUAUAUUUUUCUAAUUUUGUCAGAUUUCAGUCCGAGGCACGUUAUUAAGCAGGCCGAAGGAUGGCCAAUAAUGUGCUUAGAAAGACAGCUCAAGGCUAACUGGCCUAUCAAUGCUUACCUCUCUAGGAAAAAGACUUGUCAGCCCCCCCGCUGCUCUGCUCUCUAACGUCCCUCGGACUCAGACCUGCCUUCAGUUUAUGUACCACAUUAGUUUUUAAUGUUUAUCAAACCAUUUGUGAAAAAAAAAAAAAUUGCAUUCCUAUAUUUGAUGACCUUAUUUUGUUACCAUUUUGUUUUUGUACACUGUUCCUAGACAAUUUCUUUUUAUGAAAUUGCCGGUUCUUUGUCAACACACCGUUUAAAGCAACCGCACACAAUGGUCAAUCUUUUAUACUGUUAAAAAACGAUCUUUGUGAAUCCUCUGCAGCGCUGUCAUUAAAGGCCAGGAUCAGAAUGUUUA